CCGAACAGGCAUUCAUCUCUUACGUCUUUUAUUACAAGCAGAAUACACGUUUUAAUGAAUAGGCCUAUCCGAUAGUAGUUCUACUUGUGAAAACAAAAAGUCAGGUAAGAGAAACUUACUGAUAAUGAGCAUAACUUGUGUAAAAGGCUUACCUUUGCUUGGAAAAUUUGACAGGUAAUUUUCUACUUUUAGAAAUAUAGUCAGUCACGUGAUAAACCUUACAGUGCCAUCUAUAAACAAAUAGUCUAGUACACGGGGCCUAAACUUAGGCUUUGUACAUUUUCGAUUUACUGAUUUUAAACACUUAUUUGGACCACCGAAAUAAUAAUUAUCAUGGACGAUAUCAUCGGAACUACAAAUUGAAUUUUUAUAGCAUUGUAGUAUUAAUCAUUUUCUAUAUCCUCGAAAGUCAGAUUAAUCCAGACUACAAAAACAAGAUGGCAGCGCCCACAGAGAACACGGCAGAUUUUUUGCUCUAUCCCGAGUUAUUAACUGAAGAUGGUUUACGACUGUUGUUUAGACAGAGAUAUAUUGAAGAAAAAGGAAUAGAAAAUUAUGAUAAAGAAGAUUUAUUAAAGUUAUACUACAAGUAUUUUUUACCUCUACCACAGCGUAAAUAUAGAAGCAAUAGACAUGGUAGGGAAAUGACUAAAAAGCAAGUAUUAUUAGCAAAAAAAAGAAAACUGAACGGAUCAGAAGAGGAAAUACCAAUAAAGAAAAGACGUUCAACAGGCAGUCAGUUAAUUACACCAUUAGAUAAAUCAAGUUCAACAUCAACCAGAUUAAAACCACCUCCAACUUGUAUUGAUUUUAAUAAGAAAGUCAUCAAACUUAGUUCUUCACCAUCUAAUGUUUCUGAACAAAUGACUGAAAUAAAUUCUAAAGUGAAAAAACUGUCAACAAAACCAAUGAAAUUUGAUAGAGACCCUGCAGUGAAUAGUUUAACUAUUGUCAACAAACACGUUUCUAAUAAAUUUCCUCAAGAACAAGGUAAUGGUGAAGAGUGUAUGGAUAUAGAUACAGAAGACAAGGUAGAACAAGAAAAACAGCCUAAAAAGAAAAUUAAAAAAAUAUCUUGGCCUUGAAUUUUUAUUAGUGAAAUGGAAUUCUUGAAAUGGAAGUUUUUUGUAUGAAUGAAAUGUGUUUUUUUAAUUUGGUGCUGGUCACAAAAAAUUGGGUGUUUAAUUUAAAUAAAUCAUGAAUAACAAGUUUGUUAUGUUGACUAAAUGGUUUUGAAACAUUUACUUAAAUAAUUUGGUCAAAUAGGGAGUAGUAGAGAGUUGCCUGUCUGACAGUAAUUAAUAUUAUGGAGUUUUGGGAUUAUGAGUUGAGUGCUUAAGCCACUAGCUCUGUAUUAUAGAUCCUCAACAGAAAUUUAUCUCUGCAUAAAUUCGCAAUUGUACACCUUGCUCUUCUUCCACUAACUCAGUUUAGAACCAAAUGUAAUUGUAAAAAUUAAUGCAAUUUGUUUAAUCAAAAAAGUUUUUUAAAUGUUAUUAAAAUGAUUUUAUUAGUAUU